AUGGCAGCCACCACCUCCACUGCUGCUUCCAACCUCCUCACCACCAAGAAACAUCUCUCCUCCCUCUCUCUCACUUCCACCAACAACUUCCCCGCCUUCUACCCCCUCCCCACCUCCUCACGCAGACAACGAUUCAUAGUCCUUUCCGCAAGCCUAAACUCAAAACCAACAGUGUUAAUAGCAGAAAAACUAGGAGAAGCGGGCAUAAAUCUGUUGAAAGAUUUUGCGAACGUUGACUGCUCUUACAAUCUAAGCCCAGAUGAACUUUGUACUAAGAUCUCACUUUGUGAUGCAAUUAUUGUACGUAGUGGUACUAAAGUGAAUCGUGAAGUUUUUGAAUCUUCUGGUGGUAGAUUAAAGGUUGUUGGUAGAGCUGGUGUUGGUAUUGAUAAUGUUGAUCUCGCGGCUGCAACUGAACAUGGAUGUUUGGUUGUCAAUGCUCCUACUGCCAAUACUGUUGCUGCUGCUGAACAUGGGAUUGCUUUGUUGGCUGCUAUGGCUAGAAAUGUUGCUCAGGCAGAUGCCUCGGUUAAAGCUGGAAAGUGGCAGAGGAACAAAUACGUGGGUGUGUCACUUGUUGGUAAAACGCUUGCUGUCAUGGGAUUUGGAAAGGUUGGAUCAGAAGUUGCUAGGCGUGCUAAGGGGCUUGGCAUGCAUGUGAUUGCUCAUGAUCCAUAUGCCCCAGCGGACCGUGCUCGUGCAAUUGGUGUGGAGCUUGUGAGCUUUGAUGAAGCCAUAGCAACUGCUGAUUUCAUCUCAUUGCACAUGCCACUCACUCCUGCUACAGCAAAGAUUCUCAAUGAUGAGAAUUUUGCAAAGAUGAAGAAAGGAGUUAGAAUUGUCAAUGUUGCUCGUGGAGGAGUGAUUGAUGAAGAUGCCCUGGUAAGGGCACUGGAUGCUGGAAUUGUUACUCAGGCAGCACUUGAUGUUUUCACAGUGGAGCCCCCACCCCAAGACAGCAAGCUGGUGCAGCAUGAGAGGGUCACUGUGACCCCACAUCUUGGUGCUAGUACUAUGGAAGCUCAGGAAGGGGUGGCUAUUGAAAUAGCAGAAGCUGUUGUUGGAGCCUUGAAAGGGGAGCUUGCUUCCACUGCGGUCAAUGCACCAAUGGUGCCUGCUGAGGUUCUGUCUGAGCUGAAACCAUUUGUUGAGCUUGCCGAGAAGCUUGGGAGAUUGGCUGUCCAGCUUGUGUCAGGUGGAAGUGGCGUGAAAGAUGUGAAAGUGACUUAUGCUUCUGCUAGGGCUCCGGAUGAUCUUGAUACCAGGGUGCUCCGUGCCAUGAUCAUCAAGGGUUUGAUUGAGCCCAUAUCCAGUGUUUUUGUGAACUUGGUUAAUGCUGAUUUCAGUGCUAAACAGAGGGGACUAAGAAUAAGUGAAGAACGCAUUCUUCUAGAUGGUUCACCUGAGAGUCCACUUGACUUUAUCCAGGUUCAAAUUGCCCAUGUGGAAUCAAAAUUUGCCAGUGCCAUAUCGGAGACUGGGGAGAUUAAGGUUGAGGGACGAGUGAAGGAUGGAAUUCCCCACUUGACGAAGGUUGGAUCUUUUGAGGUUGAUGUGAGCUUGGAAGGUAGCAUCAUACUCUGCCGACAAGUUGAUCAACCUGGUAUGAUUGGCAAGGUGGGAAGCGUGUUAGGAGAGGAAAAUGUGAAUGUCAGCUUCAUGAGUGUUGGAAGGAUUGCCCCAAGAAAGCAAGCUGUCAUGGCAAUUGGAGUUGAUGAACAACCUAGCAAAGAAACUUUGAAAAAGAUUGGUGAAAUCCCAGCCAUCGAAGAGUUUGUUUUCCUCAAGUUAUAG